AUGCUCAUGCACAAACUCAAAAAAGAAAUGAAAAUAUUCGUGUGUUCUUGCUGCGGUAUAAAUUUCGAAAACGAAGAUAAUUUGUUGGAACAUGAGAAAAUGCAUGCGGAAGAAGAAAACGAAGCUCUCAUGAAGGGGGGCGAGGGCGAGGACGAGUGCGAGGAUAUAACGAUUGUCGAUAACAUCAAAAUGGAACCCUCCGAUGGAUCUCACAUGAUCGUCAUGCCGAUCGAAGAAGUCGAAUGUAACGGAUUGGAAGAAGGGGAAGAAGAGAAUGUCGAGUGCGAAACAAGUAUAUCCGUUUUAAAAGACGAAUAUGCAAUUAUAGAAGUGUCGCAAGAGGAAGAAGGUGAAUUUAUAUGCGGCGAAUGUGGGAAAGAAUGCGCGGACAUACAAUCCGUUAACUUGCACAUGAAGGAACACAUGGAAUCUGAAAUGUUUGAAUGUUCCGAAUGCAAGCAAGUUUUCAAAUACAAACAAUUGCUUCUUCAGCACGUUCAAAACGUUCACGAGGGUCACAGAGCUUACACAUGUGACGUUUGUUGGGCGACGUUUUCGAGUAAAAAUAGUUUGCGUAAUCACAGAGUCAUACAUCUUUCCCUGAGGUACCCGUGCGAAGAAUGCGGUAACGAAUUUAAAGGACGAAGCGGACUUUAUCUUCACAAGCAACGGGUUCACAGGGGUAAAAAAGAUUUCGAAUGUGAUUAUUGCGGUAAAACGUUUGCUUUAAAGUGCCAAAGAGAUACCCACAGGCGGAUACACACGGGAGAAAAACCAUUUAAAUGCGAAACUUGCGGAGCCGGAUUCAGAGCUCAAAGCGGUCUGUACGCUCACAGGAAAACGCACACCGACGAAAGGCCUUACAAGUGCGAAAUAUGCGGGAAACGCUUGCGAUUACCCUACAAUCUUCGACUUCACAUGAGGACACACACGGGUGAAAAACCAUACGCGUGUGAUAUUUGCGGACGAGCUUUCUCACAACCGGGAGAUUCUUUACAUUCGCCAUUUCCGAAAAAACACGUUUGCGACAUUUGCGGUAAAGAAUUCACGUUUAAAUCCAAUUAUAAUACUCAUAAAUACACACACAUGGACAUGCCUAGAAAUUUCAAAUGCACUCAAUGCAUGAGCGCGUUCAAAAAUGCCAGAGGAUUAAAAAAUCAUUUGAAAACUCACGACACGGAUAAAAAUUUCGUUUGCGAGAUUUGCGGUAAAAAAUUCACGACGACGAUCAAUUUAAAAAAUCACAUGUCGGCACAUUCAGAUCUUCGACCCCAUUAUUGCGAAAUGUGUCAGGGAUCGUUCAAGAGAGCAAGUCAUUUGCAACAGCAUCAGAAAGAAGUUCACGGGGUUCACCAGUCGAAAAUGGCGAGGAAUUUUCCUUGCGAUUCUUGCGAUAAUUCAUUCACGACGAGCGAACGUUUGGAAGUGCAUAAGAGAAAACACACGGGAGAAUUACCAUUUCAAUGUAACAAAUGCUGGAGAGGAUUCGCGUCACAAAUGGGUUUGAACGUUCAUCACACUAUGGGAGAAUGUCAAAGUAAAACGUCAUCUUGUAAAAUUUGUCACGCGGAAUUCAAACCUGGACAAGAGCCUUGCGUUCACCAACAUUUUAGAACGUGUCACACGGACGAACGUCCGUUCGUUUGCGACGAAUGCGGAAAAGCGUUUAAAGCUAAAAACACGUUACAAAAUCAUCAAGCCGUUCAUUCCGAUAGUCGACCUUAUCCUUGUUCGUAUUGCGAUAAGAGAUUUAGAAGGUCUGAACAAUUGAUGUUACACACGAGAACUCACACGGGUGAAAAACCUCACAUUUGUAACUUUUGCGGACGGGGAUUUGCUCAAAUUGGGGAUAUGAAAAAACACAGGAAGAUACAUAACAGAAAACCACCCAAAACGCAUACCUGUAAUCAAUGUAACGCAGCAUUUACGACCCUCAGAUCACUUAGACGACAUUAUUUCACUCAUUAUAAUUAUAAAGACAAAGAAUUCAUUUGUGAACUUUGUGGUAAAAGAUUUGCUUAUUCUAUGACAUUAAAAAAUCAUAAAUUAUCACAUUCGGAGGAAAGGCCUCACAUUUGUAGAAUAUGUGGUACAUCUAUGGUUAAAAAGGAAUCGUUGGAAGCUCACAUGAAAGAACAUACCGGAGAGUUAAAUUAUCAAUGUAAAGACUGUUAUAAAAAAUUUGCGACAAAUACGGGAUUAAAUAUACAUAUAUCGAUGGGAAAAUGUUAUCCACAUGUUAAAUCGUGUAACGUUUGCUUGAAAGAUUUCAAAGGAAAUGAAGAUCUCAAAACGCAUUUCCGUUUGGCUCACACGGAUGAAAAACCUUUUUCUUGCGGAAAAUGCGGAAAAGCGUUUAAAACGAAAGCUUCCCUUCAAAUGCACGAGGAUGUACAUAACGAUCUUCGACCUCACGAAUGCGAUCUAUGUCAAAAAAGGUUUAGAAAGGCCGAACAUUUAAAAUUACAUAUAAGGACUCAUACGGGAGAAAAACCACACGUUUGCGAAAUAUGCGGAAGAGGGAUUAAAAAACAAUUGGAAAAACACAUAAAGAAACAACACAACGAUGAAGUUUACCAAUGUCCAAGAUGUAAUAAAAUAUUAAAAACAAAGGGCACAUUGAGAGAACACAUGUGGAUUCACACAGACCACAGGAGAUUUAUAUGUGAUAUAUGUGGUAUGAGGUUUAAAAGAACAAGUAAUUACCGUGGACACCUUAAGAUACCCCCACAAGAAAAAGGUUUUCAAUGUGAAGUUUGUGGUGUUAAACUUAAAUGGAAAAAUAAUUUAUUGGCACACAUGAGAAUACACACAGGAGAAAAACCUUAUAAAUGUAAAAUAUGUGGUGAUGGUUUUACAUGUCAUGGUUCACUUAGAACUCACAUGUCUAAACAUGGUAAGUGUCAAUUGACCACCUAUAGAAUAUUACAUUUCUAA